AUGCAUGAUUUCACGUUGGAACAGGAUAACAUAACACCCGUUAGUGGUUGGAAGGCUUAUUGUGCUGCUACAAGAGCUACUGUGAAUGUAAAUGCUGAAUUUUUUAACAUUAUUAGAGAAAGUUUGCUUCCAGCAAUGGGUCGUCUUUGGCUUAAUGCAGACUAUGUGAAGUGUGUUCAUGCCUCAGGGGAACUUUUUACACGUUCGGAUAUCCUCUCUCUGUCUAUUGAUCAUCUGGUGACAGUGAAAAACCCUUGGUAG